AUGCGUUUCCGAGGUUGGGGUCGUCGAGGGGCAGCUUUGCUCUUUCCUCCUUUAUAUGGACCACCACCGGGGUCAGGUCAUUCUAUUCCAGUAUUUGCAUGUCGUCCUAUGCCUUUUGACUUGGUAUUAUGUGAAGCGAGUUUUCCACGAAUUUCUGAAGCAGACGACACUGACCUUGCACAGGCUAUAUCCAAACGUCAUCAGGAAAUUACACCAGUACCAGCAGAACAAACUGCUGUUCUUGGCUUGGUGUCAAAAAUCAAAGCUGCAAUCGAAAAGAUCUCCUCUACUCCAGAUCUUCUUCCAUCUGUAACAAUCGAAGAAUUUCGUGAGGUGGGCUCAUUUCGAAAAGGGACCAUGCUUGCAGGACAUAACGUUGCAGAUAUUGUAGUGGUGUUACGCUCACUUCCUACAGUAGAGGCUGUAUCAUCUCUCGGGCAAAAAAUUGUUGAAGAAUUAAAAGCUAAUGAUAAGGAAGUAUAUAGCUGUGUUUCUCGAGAUUUUGGUUGUCAAAUAUCUGGACCGAAUGCAGUUGUUCGAUUGUUAAUUACCACAGUACCAUCCAAUGCUAAACUUCUCGAGCCUGAUCUUCAUUUAAAAGAAAAUGUUAUGAUUUCACAUAUGGCCGCUUUAAGACAUGCUAGAUGGUUCGAAGAAAAUGCAUCAAAUCCAACAAUCAAGAUAUUGGUUCGCAUCAUGAAAGAUAUUCGUAAUCGUUUUGAUCAACUUAGAGAUUUGAGUGUUUGGAAUAUAGAAUUAAUUUCACAUUAUGCAGUGAUCAAUACAGCAACACAGCAACCAUUAUCGGCGAGUCAAGCAUUCCGUCGUUUUUUUCAACUCCUUGCUGCAGGUUUAUUGCUCCCCACUUCACCAGCUUUGAGUGACCCGUGUGAACAAGCUCGUCGUAUCCAUCAGUCCCUCACUUAUGAGCAGAUGGAUCAGUUAUGCAGUUCAUCCCAAACUUUAUUGCGAAUUAUUUGUCACGGUGGUUAUAAACAUGUCUUAGGAUUGGAGACUUCAAAAAGUGGGCUAGUUAGCGACAUGACUUUUUGGGGUGAUGUUAUUGUUACCCCGUUAGAAGCAGCUUAUGUUGAUAGAGUGAUGGAACCAAUGUACGACGAGGAAGUCAAUUUUGAAAUGAUUGAUGUGGGAAUCGUUGUAUAUGAAAAAAUCGAGGGAAGUGUUAAUUUAUUUCUGGCAAGGAAUAUGAGGUUUCGUGCUUCCAACCUUAUGUCACAUGCACGUCUGUCGUCAAUAACUAGUGUUAGUGAUUUGGUUCUACCCAAAGCACUUGAUAUUAAUACAAUUACGGAAACUUUGAAUAAGAUAUUUCCUUCGCUUCAAUUAGUUCCUGCUGAUAUUCAAAGACCUACGGUCUUUGUGAUGACUGCUGUGUACCAGUGUAUCUCUCAAUAUAUUAUGGAAAUCCCAGAUGCCAUUUACACUACACCACCAUUUGCAUCUAACACUCGCAACGAUACAGAUUUAUUUACUCAGGCGUACCCAAAAUUAGUCAUCUUUCGAGCAUUGUCUGCUAUUGUUGAAGAUGUUUCGUCAAAUGAAAUUGAGUUCAGUUUUCUUGAUCUAAUUGCUCCAGAUCCUGUACGAACACGGUUUCUUCUUACGACACUGCUUAGCUAUAUUGAUUUCACUUCUAUCGCUGCUGAAGAAGCCCACAGAAUAUUCACUUCAGUCGAUGAACGUAAGGCUAGACUUGAAUCCAAAAAACGUAUUAAAAUUGAGCUCACUAAUGAAAUAUCACGUAUUCAAGCUGAUGCACUCAAACAGAAACUUGUGGAGAAGGAGUUUCGUGAAAAAAUGGAAAAACUUGAGCUCAAUGUUAAAGAAACGUUUCUUGAGACUAAAGUUAUUGAAGAAGAUCAAAAAGAUGUUGAUGAAGUCAAUGCUGAAAACGAAAAUAAAUUGAUUGAACUACAAAAUGAACUCAAACGACUAAAGUCGCAAAAUGAAGUUUAUGAUCGAGACAUUAUCGAAUCACCAGAUCGUUUAAUUGGAGAACUAAAUGAAUUAAAGAAUUGUUUGGAUAAUAUCCAAAAGGAUAUUUCUAUGGAAUGGUUUGUUUGGCUUAUUAUUCGUUAUGGCAGCAGACAAAUUUUUAUUGAUUAGAU